AUGCAUUCGUCUUAUGGUAGCACUAGCUCUGGCACGGGCACUACAAAAUACAACAUCCGAUUUGACGGACAAACAAUUGUAACAACUGUUACUAACAAAGCUGCUGUUGCCAAUGAAUGGGCUAGUAAAAUGCUCACCAAGUAUGCUGGAAAACAAACUGUUGUGGGCUUAGACAUUGAAUGGAGGCCCAAUUUUAGUCCAUACAGUAACAACAAAUCAGCCACCCUCCAACUCUGCAUUGACUACAUGUGUCUGAUAGUCCAGUUGUUGCAUUUGGACCAAAUCCCUCAGACCCUGAAGAAUUUCUUGGCUAAUCCUAAUUUCAUAUUUGUAGGAGUUGAGGUUGGUGAAGACAUCCUUAAACUGAAGAAUGAGUAUGGUUUUGUUUGUUCUAAUAAGGCUGAUAUUCGUGAUGUUGCUAAGAAUAAGUGGCCUGGUAGGUAUUCUCUUCCAGGUUUGAAGGAUCUUGCUAGUGAUAUUUGUGGUCUUUCUGUGCCUAAACCAGAACAUAUUUCCAUGAGCAAUUGGGAGGCAAUGGAUCUUAGUAUUAGCCAAGUUGAAUAUGCUUGCAUUGAUGCUUAUGCUUCCUACAAGAUUGGUCACAAGCUCCUUAUGGAAAGUUGA